AGAUAAACAGAGGGAGGGAGGGAGGAUUAACUUGCACACAGAAGUGCAGAAGUACUGUGAUCUGAAAGAAAAGAUUUGAGAACACAUAGACAGAUUUGUUGUUGUUUCCCUGGUAUUUCUUCUCUGCAACAAUAUGAGUUUAACUUUAAGCUCAACUGAAGACUCCUCCAUUGCUCCAGUUGUCAGAGAGCUGAGGAUUGUCCUGCUGGGGAAGACAGGAUCAGGAAAGAGUGCAACAGGGAACACCAUCCUGCAACGACAAGCUUUUACCUCAGAGAUAUCUCCGUCUUCUGUGACAGAGACAUGUGAAAAAGAAACCUCCCACUUUGAUGAAAGAACCGUGUGUGUGGUCGACACCCCUGGUGUCUUUGACACAUUGAUUAAAGAAGACCAGUUGAAAUGUGAAAUAGAGAAAUGUAUCACGCUGUCUGACCCAGGACCCCACAUAUUCCUGCUAGUGAUCAGACUGGAUGCACGGUUCACAGAGGAGGAGAAGAAUGCCGUCAAAUGGAUCAAAGACAACUUUGGUGAAGAAGCCUCCAGUUAUAUACUGGUGCUUUUCACAAGGGGAGAUGAGCUCAAAGGCAAGUCCUUUGAGGAUUAUUUAGACCAACGUUCUGAAUUCAGGGAGUUCAUCAGUGGUUAUACAGCUGGGUACAUUGUCUUUGACAACAUAUGCAGGGGAAAUCGCACUCAAGUGGCUGAUCUGUUUAAAAAGAUAGACAAGACAGUGCAGUUAAAUGGUAACCAUUAUACCAGAAGUAUGUACAAAGAGGCCCAGAGAAAGAAGAAUUCGAAGGAAUGGUGGAGCAAGUGGGGAGACACCAUGAACACUGUUGGUAAUCAAUUGAUUGUGGCAGCAGUAGUCGCAGCUGCAGUUAACGCCCCUGUAGCUGCUGGUGCUGCUGCGGCAGCUACAUCCAUGAGACCGAUUUUAAUAGUUGCAGGUGCCGGGAUUUCUAAAGCCAUCGGGAGGUGGAUGAAACCUAAAACAAACAGCUGAGUAAAGCCAUGGUCCUUUGAGCAAACUUGUGAAGUCAUUCCGUUAUUUUUCUUUUGAUACAUUUAUUUUUUGGCAAGAUGUUAUUGCAUUUCAUCAAUGUACAUUCAUACAUAUUAAUCACAGUUUGACUUAUUUGAACGAUGAAGGGAUCCUUUUUUUAAAACAUUUUUUAAAUGUUGAUGCUGUACACUUAUCCUGAAUAUUUUUACUAUUGUAAUGUUCCUGUUUGAUUUUUAAGAAUAAAAUAAAACAAUAUGACAACAACCUCAAAAAGUUUAAUUUGGUAUUGUACCAUAUUCUUUCUUUAUUAACUGAAAAUCCCAGUUAUGAGAGCAGGAAUUCCCACGAAAGCUUCCUCUACAUUGUUGCUUGAUUGGCAUUACAGUGAGUGCACCCACAUUCAAAAUACUUUAACUUUGUUAAGAUAUUU